UUUGCAUUUCGGCUCUUUAAUACUCUCCCUCCACUUCCUCCACUCAAAAUGUCGCUUUUCACCCUCUUCUGGAAAGGGCCCUUCUUGGCCCCUCAUCUCUAGCAAUCAUCCUCCCCUGCACACUCCAUCCUGCCCUCUAGACACUCUUCUCCCCAAAUCCUCCUCCAUCGGAAUCUCACCUACGGAACCCACAGCAGGAAAUCAGCCAGGAUUCCCAGAUUCAGGAUUCAGAACCCACCUCCUUCGAGAAUUCUCUCCCAGAAUGUUUUUAAUCCUUUUAGAGCCCUUCCCCCAGAAUCUACCUUUCACCAGAAUUUCCUUCCGUUUUAAGUUUCCGCCUCCCCCCCCCCAGAACUCUCCUCUUAAGAGCCCUCAACCAGACCCCCCCUCUUUCUCUGAAUCUUCCUCCACUCAAGGGCCCCAGAAUCUCCCACUGCCCGCAGUCCACUUUUCCCAGAACGUCCCCGCCAGAAUCUCCUUUCACAAGUUUUCUCUCCCUUUCAGAGCCCCCUCCUUCAGAAUCAACCUUUCCUAAGAAUUCUGUUUCCUUCAGAGCGUCCUCUAACCAGCAACUGCCUCCCCUGGCAUUUCCCUCUCCCAGAAUUCUCCACUUCUUAGAGACCCUCCCUCCAGAUUCCCCCUCUUCAAGGUCUCUACCCUAAAAUCCCUCUUUCUCUGGGGUCCUUCAAAUCAUCUCUUCACUCCCACAAAUCACCCAACUCUCCAGGCUCCUUCCCCACGAGAAUUCUCCAUUCCCAGUCCCCCCAAUCCCAUCUGAGGAAUCUCAGGAUUGGGUUCCCCUUGGCUCCCCCCCACACAGGAUACUCCUUUCCCAGUCAAAAGGGUUCUUUAUCAGGGCUGCAGAGAGCCCACAGUUUCUUCAGUUUCCCUGGCAGCAGAAUCCAAGGUUCAAGGUUCAAAGGGGUGUGGUCGCUUACCUGGUGCCUGGAAAAUGGAGACAGGGUGGAGAUUGAUACACAGCACAAGAGAGAGACGGGCACACAUGAAGGAGAAAGACAAAGAAGGGGCCGAUGGAGAAGAGGAGAAAGAAGGUAGACAGAAGAUCAAUUACAGAUGGACCCAGAAAACACAAGUGACGGCGAUUCGGAGGCAGAGAGACCAGCCCUCAGAGAAAGAAGACAGACAGGACCCUGGGCUGGGACCAGAAAAGGCCUGGGGGGUGGGCAGGGUGCCCAUGUGGCCUCUCUGGACCAUCCUUCUGCUGGUACGGCCCUUGGGAGGCCUAGGAUCACCCCUCUGCCCUCGGGAGCCUUUCUACUUCCUUGUUGCCAUCAUGAAGAUGCUGGGAAACAAAAAUGAUGGCACUCUCUACACCCCUGAUGAUCUCUCGGUUUGUCCUGCUGAGACUCUGGGAUGCUUCCGGCUGGAGCUUUCUGUGAUCCAGUUCGAAGAGGGCCGAUCCAUGGGGAUUGCUGUGUUCCGGCUACAGCGUCUGCUGGAUGCAUUGGGGUCCCGGCUGUGGGUGACUGGCCAGGGUCCUUGUCCACCCUGUGAAGGACAUCCCCAGAGACCCGUCCCCCUCUUUCUGGCCAAGCUCUUGGAGUUAUUACAGGGGGCUUGUGCUAGGCACCUGCCCUCAGCAUGAGCCUGGGAGGACACAGACUCCCUAGUACUGCUGGAGGGCCCGGGAGGUGUGAGACAGAGGGCACUUGGUCUCCAGUCCCAGCUGCCAAUCCAAAGCCUUCUCCUUCUGGGCCAGAGGCCCCCAUCUGGAGCCCAUGGAACCAAGGGGAAGAGAGAAGGAGGAAAAUCUGAAGCCUGAAGUCUCUGACCUACAGGGGUAGGGGGUUAGGUAAAUUGGCCCCCACCUGCCCCUCUUCUCCAUCUGAGGUACUCCCUCCUCUCUCCUCUUUCAGGAAGGCACAAAGCAUUGCACAGGUGUCUUCCAACCUCACCCCACCCCUACAGGACAGGGAGAGUCUUGUGCCUCAUGUCCCUGGCUGCAAAUAGUUACCAUCUGGAGAGCUUUCGGGUGACACUGAUGGUUAGGCUAGAUGUUGAUAAUUGGUCUCUGGUGCAUCCUGAACAGCUAUAGUUUGAAAAUCAACUUUAUUGAAAAUACAACUUUAUUGAUGUGUAAUUUGUAUACAGUAAAAAGCAUACGUUUUAAACGUG